UAAAACAUGCAAAUGAACUAAAUUGAUUUGAAGAACCCAUUGUGCUAUGGUCACAUGCUUGAGUGCGUGUCCGAGGUUCGCACGCCACUGCGCCGACACCUGACCGAUAGGCCUGUAGUGGAAGACUUCGGAAACAGACAGCAUUGCCCCUUUAAUUUUAACAGAUACGAGGACAUGCGCAGUGUAUACCUGAGUGUAAUAAUAAUAAGUUCCCACACCGUGUACGAUGGAGUAAAAAAUUUGUGAUCAUCGCGAAAGAUGCAAAAGGAUUUAAAUUAUUUGUACCGUGGAAAAAUUCAACAACGAUGUUAAUGGAUACAUCUUAUAAAAAAAUUCCGAUUACAGGAUUUGUCAAGUUUUGUGUCUGUAGGAAUGGUUAUUGGCGAAUCCUUGGAAUCUCUAUGUGUGAUUUUGCUUCGGAAUGCUUCUCCAAGCCAGGUAUGUUUAAUGGUUAGCAGGGAGAGAACCUUCCCACGAUCAGAUUUUGGUAGGAAAAACUAUGAUCCUUUCCAGUUUAUUUGUUUUUCUGGCAAUCUUGGGAAUUUCAACUGGUUCUGGCUACUUUGAAAUUCAAAUUACAACUAUCCGGAAUCCUAGAGGAGAAGUAUUAGACGGAGAUUGUUGUGACGGGGAAAGGGAUGCUGAAAAUAAGUGUGUAGAGCAAUGUGAUACCUUCUUCCGUGUUUGUCUCAAGGAAUAUCAAAGUAGGGUAACGGUCGAUGGCCACUGUACAUUUGGAAAUGUUACAAGCCAGGUUUUUGGAGGAAAUACCUUUACUUAUCCGAUGGAUAGUAGCCGAACCCGACUAAAACUUCCUUUUGAGUUUUCCUGGACGAGAUCUUACACACUUAUCUUAGAGGCCUGGGACCAGGAUACCAUGUCAUACGACGGUCAGAUUAUUGAGCGUGCUGCACAUUCAGGCAUCAUACUCCCUGGCCAGGACUGGCACACGAUUACUCACAAUGGACCAACGGCUGGACUUAUCUACAGGAUACGCGUUGUCUGUGAUGAACACUACUACAAUACAACAUGUACCAAAUUCUGUCGCCCUCGUAAUGACAAAAUUGGACAUUAUAACUGCGAUCAAAAUGGCGAUAAAGUUUGCAUUGAUGGUUGGAUUGGGCCAGAUUGUGAGGAAGCCAUAUGCCGCACAGGCUGUAGUCAUGGAUCAUGUGACAUCCCAGGAGAAUGCAGGUGUAUGUACGGAUGGCAGGGCCCUCUGUGUGACCAGUGUAUCCCCUACCCACGAUGUGAACAUGGCUCCUGUAAUGGCUCACCUUGGCAGUGUUUCUGUCAUGUCAACUGGGGAGGUAUCCUGUGUAACAAAGACUUGAACUACUGUGGUCGACACCAACCCUGUAAAAAUGAUGGCAUCUGUAAAAAUACUGCUCCUGAUAAUUAUGACUGUACUUGUCCUAACGGUUUCUCCGGAGUCAAUUGUGAAAUAGCUGAGCAUGCCUGUACGUCAGACCCCUGUUCCCAUGGAGGGAAUUGUAUUGAUGUAACUGGUGGCUUUGUCUGUAAUUGUCUGCCAGGCUGGACUGGUGUCCUCUGUGACUCAAAUAUCAAUGAGUGUGCCUCAGAUCCAUGUCAACAUGGAGGGACAUGUCUUGACAGGGUCAACAAGUAUGAGUGUUUAUGUCCGUCAGGCUGGAAGGGGCCUCAGUGUCAGUUAGAUGGUGAUGAAUGUAGUGGAAGUCCGUGUGUAAAUGCUUUCUCCUGCCAGGACCUGGUAGGUGACUACAUCUGUGACUGUCAGCCCGGCUGGACCGGCAAGAACUGUGAAACAGAUAUAGUGGAUUGUCAUCAUCAGUGUCAGAAUGGUGCUCACUGUGUGGACCUUGUAAACAGCUAUCACUGCGCUUGUUUACCGGGUUACACGGGCCGCCACUGUGAGUGGGAUGUUGACGAAUGUGAAAGUAGUCCAUGCCAGAACAGUGCGAUUUGUCACGAUCAGGUCGCUGGUUAUACCUGCGAGUGUGCUCUAGGCUUCACCGGUUUUAACUGUCAGGUGGACAUUGAUCCCUGCUACCCCAGUCCUUGUGAAAAUGGAGCCAGCUGUUUCAAUGUACAGGGAGACUACUAUUGCCACUGUCAUGAUGGCUGGGAAGGCAAAAAUUGUCACAAGGUCAAACCCACCUGUGAUUCAAGGUCAUGCCAAGUGAUUGACAGCUGUACCAUAGCUAUACCAUCUAACAGUAGUCGUGGAGGCGUGCAGCUCAUCUCCUCCAAUGUGUGUGGUAAACAUGGUAUGUGCAUCAGUCAACCCAAUGGCGAGUUUACAUGUGCAUGUGACCUCGGCUUCACUGGAACCUACUGUCACGAGAACAUAAAUGACUGCAUGAGUAACCCCUGUCAGAAUGGUGGGACGUGUAUAGACAUGGUCAGUUCGUACCAGUGUAUAUGUAAGGAGGGGUGGGAAGGUGCCCUGUGUAACCUCAAUAAGGAUGAGUGUGACCCUAACCCAUGUAGGAACAAUGGUCUCUGUAUAGACGUAGUGGCUGACUUUGUGUGUCAGUGUGCGGAGGGCUGGAAAGGCAAAACAUGCACACUUCAACACAGUCAGUGUGAGGUCACCACCUGUACCAAUGGAGGAACUUGUAUAGAUCUGGGGGACACCUUCACCUGUAAAUGUGGUGUUGACUACAUAGGUCGUACCUGUCAGAGACUUGCUAAACGAGCGUGCGACUCAUCACCAUGUGAUAACGGGGGUACAUGUGUCAAUAGUGGGGACAGCUUUACCUGUAUUUGUAAGGAAGGCUUUGAGGGUCCCACUUGUCAGUACAACAUCAACGACUGUAACCCAUUCCCCUGUUACAAUGGAGGCAAGUGUCUAGAUGGUGUGAACUGGUACAGGUGUGUUUGUGCCCAAGGCUUUGCUGGACCAGACUGUCGUGUCAAUAUAAACGAGUGUGCGUCCAGUCCUUGUACAUAUGGCAGUACUUGUAUUGAUGGUAUAGGGGAGUACCGAUGUAUAUGUCCCCCGGGAAGGACUGGGCCAAAAUGUGCUGAAGUUGAGGGUCAAACUCCAUCUCCACAAUCUUGUAUCUUCAACCGUGGAAUUUACCCAGACAAGUCAUCCUGGGAACAUGAGUGCAACAUGUGUACAUGUGACAAUGGUGCUGUCCACUGCAGCAAGAUCUGGUGUGGGCCUAAAAAUUGCCUGUCCCAUGCAAACCUGACAGAGAGUGUGGUCCACUGUGCACCAACACAAACCUGUGUGGUACAGACUGACAACAUCUGCUUCACCCCACCCUGUCUUCCUUGGGGACAAUGUAAGGAUAUGGACAAAAUCAAGGACCCUGCCCCCCAUGGUGUCCACACCACCUGCAUUCCAAAUGCGGCACAGCUCAGUAACACUUGUGCCAAGGUUUCAUUGAUUUUCGAUAAAUCAAAAAUGCCAUCGGGUAUCACGGUAGAGACUAUAUGUGACCGGCUGCGACAGAUACCCACCAUUCAGAAGCUGGGCAAGGAAAAGCAGAUUUACAUCAUGUGUGCCAUCCAAACAGCACACCAAGACACCAUUGAGGUGCUGCUGUCAACGGAGCACACAGUCGAUGCUGGAAAUUCCCAGAUGGACAGAGUGUUAAAACAUGCCCUUGAUAACCUUACCAACACAAUCAGCCACAAGCUCACCAACAGCAGUGCCCUGGCUGCCAUCAUAGAGGUCCAGAUAGAGACUGCAGUCAUCAAAGAGAAAGGAGUAUUAGGAUCAGCCUACAUUAUUCCAGCUGUGUGCUCGGUGAUUGGCCUUCUAGGUGUCAUCAUAAUCAUCUGCCUUGUUGUGUUCCAUUUCAAGAGACAGAGAGCAAUAGAACGCACGAAAAGAGAGGCAAAAUAUGUUGCUCAAAAGACUAAUAAUGAAAAUGAAGCAAAUCUUCGUCGUUACAAGAAUCCUUUGUUUGCUGGAACAGACAAGGGUGGAGGGACAAAGGAUUUGUCAUUCACAGAGCUACAGGAGUUAGAUAAGAUAGAAAAAAGUCCAACAAGGCUGUUACGCCUGCAGGACUCUCCAAAUGAUUCCAAUGAUUGGAAGAAAACUAGUCCCAUACAAAAAACAAAGACAAAAGACAUUAAUAUAGAACUGUCGAGGACUCGAUCAUUAGCAGUGAGAGCUGCUGCCGAGCGAGACUUGGCUGAGAUACAUAGAACUUUUGGUGCAGAUUUAAGUUCAGAAAGUGAAGUAAUGGUGUGAUAUACCUUACAGAGACAUCAGUUAUCUCUCUUAAGUAGGUGCUCCGACUUUAAGCAUCAGUAAUCUCCCUUGAGUAGAUGCUCUGACUAUGGGCUGUGCCCCUAGUGUUUGCUAGAUUCAGAGACAUAUGUAGCAUCUUUAAGUGUUUUUGGGAUCAUUCUAUCAGUGUUGUUGAUUGUCGUAUGGUUCAUCUAUACACUGUGUAGAAAUAUCUACCAAGGAAAUGUUACAUAACAUGCUCAAAAUGGAAUGAAUCUAAAGAAGUGAAACUGUUACAGUUAUAGAGGUGAAAGGGAUUAUUGACAGGAAAAGAAAAGUUUAACUCAGGAAAAUGUCAAAUAAACUCUACCAAACUACACCAGGUGUGAACCCUCCCAAAGGGAGGUCACCCUCGCCAGGAACAACAUCCCCAGAUACCAUCCAUCCAUUGAACUUUAUCAUGUUUAAUAUCUGUCAUUAAAAACCAAAUGAUGAACCUUAUGUAUAUUUUUACAAUAAGUCCCAACUUUUCUACAACAAAAAGUAUGUCUAUACGCACAGGACAGGAAGGAUGUUGUGGUUCAUCACCCACAUUUUUGUGGUUCAUCACUCAUAACAACUCACAUAGGUUCAUUACCAUACUUCAGUGACUAUAUUUUCAGCAGCACGACUGAGAACUGAAGGUCCAUUUUGAAUUCAUUGACCAUACCAUUGACUCAUUUGAUCAAAGCAUUUGUAUAUUACCCAUUGUCAUAGACCAUACCAACUGUGUGUAUCAUACCAGCUGUGUAUAACUUUACAGUGAGGUCUCGGUAUACAAUACCAGCUGUGUAUAACUUCACAGUGAGGUCUCAGUAUACCAUAUCAGCUGUAUAUUUUUAAAACAAGUUAUCAGUGUGUCAUACCAGAUGUAUAUGUUUCCAUUGAGUGCCCGAUGUAUCAUAACAGCUGAAUACAAAAUGUAAUUUUACAUUGAGUUCUCAGUGUAUAAUACCAGGUGUAUAAAUUUACAGUGAGUUCUCAGUGUAUAAUACCAGGUGUAUAAAUUUACAGUGAGUUCUCUGUGUAUUAUACCAGGUGUAUAAAUUUACAGUGAGUUCUCUGUGUAUAAUACCAGGUGUAUAAAUUUACAGUGAGUUCUUUGUGUAUUAUACCAGGUGUAUAAAUUUACAGUGAGUUCUCUGUGUAUUAUACCAGGUGUAUAAAUUUACAGUGAGUUCUCUGUGUAUUAUACCAGGUGAAUACAUUUACAGUGAGUUCUUGGUGUAUUAUACCAGGUGUAUAAAUUUACGGUGAGUUCUCUGUGUAUUAUACCAGGUGAAUAAAUUUACAGUGAGUUCUUUGUGUAUUAUACCAGGUGUAUAAAUUUACGGUGAGUUCUCUGUGUAUUAUACCAGGUGUAUAAAUUUACAGUGAGUUCUCAGUGUAUAAUACCAGGUGUAUAAAUUUACAGUGAGUUCUUGGUGUAUUAUACCAGGUGUAUAAAUUUACAGCGAGUUCUCUGUGUAUUAUACCAACUGUAUAAAUUUACAGCGAGUUCUUGGUGUAUUAUACCAGGUGUAUAAAUUUACAGUGAGUUCUCUGUGUAUUAUACCAGGUGUAUAAAUUUACAGUGAGUUCUUGGUGUAUUAUACCAGGUGUAUAAAUUUACAGUGAGUUCUCUGUGUAUUAUACCAGCUGUAUAAAUUUACAGUGAGUUCUCUGUGUAUAAUACCAGGUGUAUAAAUUUACAGUGAGUUCUCUGUGUAUAAUACCAGGUGUAUAAAUUUACAGUGAGUUCUCUGUGUAUUAUACCAGCUGUAUAAAUUUACAGUGAGUUCUCUGUGUAUAAUACCAGGUGUAUAAAUUUACAGUGAGUUCUCUGUGUAUAAUACCAGGUGUAUAAAUUUACAGUGAGUUCUCUGUGUAUUAUACCAGGUGUAUAAAUUUACAGUGAGUUCUUGGUGUAUUAUACCAGCUGUAUAAAUUUACAGUGAGUUCUCUGUGUAUUAUACCAGGUGUAUAAAUUUACAGUGAGUUCUUGGUGUAUUAUACCAGGUGUAUAAAUUUACAGUGAGUUCUCUGUGUAUAAUACCAGGUGUAUAAAUUUACAGUGAGUUCUCUGUGUAUAAUACCAGGUGUAUAAAUUUACAGUGAGUUCUUGGUGUAUUAUACCAGGUGUAUAAAUUUACAGUGAGUUCUCUGUGUAUUAUACCAGCUGUAUAAAUUUACAGUGAGUUCUCUGUGUAUUAUACCAGCUGUAUAAAUUUACAGUGAGUUCUCUGUGUAUUAUACCAGGUGUAUAAAUUUACAUUGAGUUUUCAUUGUAUCACUGAACUCGCACUAGCAGAUUCACUGUUAUAACACUGAAUUCUCAUUGAAAGUUGUGCUGUUAUAACACUGAUUUCUUACUGAAAGAUAUGCUGUUAUAACACUGAUUUCUCAAUGGAAGUUGUACUGUUAUAACACUGAUCUCUCACUGACAGAUAUGCUGUUAUAACACUGAUUUCUCACUGGAAGUUGUACUGUUAUAACACUGAUUUCUCACUGGAAGUUGUACUGCUAUAACACUGAUAUCUCACUGUCAGAUAUGCUGUUAUAACACUGAUUUCUCACUGGAAGUUGUACUGUUAUAACACUGAUCUCUCACUGACAGAUAUGCUGUUGUAACACUGAUUUCUCACUGGAAGUUGUACUGUUAUAACACUGAUCUCUCACUGACAGAUAUGCUGUUAUAACACUGAUUUCUCACUGACAGAUAUGCUGUUAUAACACUGAUUUCUCACUGGAAGUUGUACUGUUAUAACACUGAUCUCUCACUGACAGAUAUGCUGUUGUAACACUGAUUUCUCACUGGAAGUUGUACUGUUAUAACACUGAUUUCUCACUGGAAGUUGUACUGUUAUAACACUGAUUUCUCACUGGAAGUUGUACUGCUAUAACACUGAUAUCUCACUGACAGAUAUGCUGUUAUAACACUGAUUUCUCACUGGAAGUUGUACUGUUAUAACACUAAUUUCUCACUGGAAGCUGUACUGUUAUAACACUGAUAUCUCACUGACAGAUAUGCUGUUAUAACACUGAUUUCUCACUGGAAGUUGUACUGUUAUAACACUGAUCUCUCACUGACAGAUAUGCUGUUGUAACACUGAUUUCUCACUGGAAGUUGUACUGUUAUAACACUGAUCUCUCACUGACAGAUAUGCUGUUAUGGUGUUGAUUUUUAACUUGCAUAUAUGCUAUUUUAUGCUGAUUUGUCACUGGAAGAUUUACUGUUAUAACACUGAUCUCUCACUGGAAGUUUUACUGUUGUAACGCUGAUCUCUCACUAGAAGAUCAGUACCAAUUCUGAUUUUCUUACUUGACUUAUGCGGAAUCAAGGAUAAAUCUAUUAAUAUGAUGUUUUUUGUUAUUUAUUAUUGUAUCUGUGUGUUUACAUCUACUGACUUGUGCUGUGAACUGUAACUUGUAAUAAUUUUGAUAUGUAUAUAAUUUGUACAUAUAGUAUCUUAAUGUGCAGUUAUUUAAUGCUGUUUCUGUGAGAAAAUCUUAAUUUAACUUUUAAUUUAUGAGAGGAUGUUUCUGUCACGAAGAAAUGAUCCAAACAUCAUUGAUUACAACAUAUUCCAUUAUACGAUCGGACAGAUUCCUCAUGUCAUAAAUGGUCAUGUUUAAAUUCAUCAUUUUGCCACAAAGUGAUAAGCCGGCUUAAAAGCUGUGAAGUUAUGUUGUGAAGUUUCUAUGAUUUUGUCACAAAUAGGUAUAUCAGUAGUUACAAAACACUGUCUCGAGCCCAUACCAAAUCAAAGUAAUCAUCUUGUUGUUAUGGAAACAUUAGUCUGCAGUCAAAGAUUCUAUUUUUAAGACCAGUAUAUAUAAUCAGUUGGUUGUAGACUUUUAAAUGUGUGUAUGGAUAACUGUUAUAAAUGAUUUCAUUUUUAGCAUAACAUUUUUAUACAUCUACAACAACUAAUUAUAAAUUUAUACAGUUUGAUUUAUGCUGUAAUAGGUGGAUAUAAAAAAAAUGUUUUAGAUGUUUGUAAUACAAGUGUAGGUGGAUAUAAAAUUUUCAGAUGUGCUGCAAUAGGUGAAAACAUUGCCAAUAUAAUGGAAAGGAAAAACAAUGUUGAUUCCUUUGUUUGUUUAUAGUCUGUGAAAGUUUGCAAAUCUCCAGUAGGUAGCUUCCAGUAACUGCUCAAGGAUAAUGUUGUGCAUCAAUACAUUAACACAUCUGUAAAGGAUAUAAAUUUACGAUGUGUGGGACAGGACAGCUUCAGAUGGUUCACUUAUCACAAACUUUGAUGCUUAGAUUUUUCUGUGAAGUCAAUUCCACAACAACAUGAUCAGUUAUAUUACCUGUAAGUUGGAUCUGAAUAGGUUUUGUCCAUAUAAAAAAUGUAAACUUCUACCACUUUAAAAACUUUUAGAUUGAAUACUGGUGUUUGUGAAUUUUUCUAGCAUAUCUGUGUUGUUACAGCUACAAGGUCCAGAUAUUGAAUACUGGUGUUUGUGAAUUUUUCUAGCAUAUCUGUGUUGUUACAGCUACAAGGUCCAGAUAUUGAAUACUGGUGUUUGUGAAUUUUUCUAGCACAUUUGAGGUGUUUUCAGAGCUACAAGGCCCCAGAUGGAUAGAACAGAUUACACAUUUUGAGUUUCAUUUUAUAGAAUUAUUUCAGAAUCCUGUCAAUUUUUUUUUUUUCGAGAAUGAGAUGACAUGAUUAUUCCCCAUCAUUGGCUACAUAUAAAUAAAGUCAAUUUCACAAAUAAAAUGAAUUUUUUUUUCAUUUGUAGUUAAAAUGAAGCAUUCUGUUUUCCCAGCAAUUUGAACUACUAUACACUGGCAUGGUAUUAUCAGGGAUACAGUCAACUGUGUUAGUCUCUGAUUGUGUUAGUCUGUUGUAAUAUGUAGAGAACAUUAUACCAAUACCAGUCAUCUUUAAGAGAUUUUACUGUGAGGGCAAGAGAGAGAGAGAUAGAUUGAGAGAGAGUGAACAAAAGAAUGGAUGUUAGUGUACCAUUUUUUUGGAAUUAUAUUGUGUAUUGUCAUUACUUAAGCAUCCAUGUUCCUGUAUUAACCAGGAAGUAAUGUGUUGGUUGAUUGUUUGAGCUCAAAGUCACAGUACCAAAGAGCGUAGAUAUUGUUUAUCAUAAAACACAUCACAGUCCACUGAUGGCCUACACACAAACCACAGUCCACUGACACACUACACAGUCACACCCCAGUCCACUGACACACUACACAGUCACACCACAGUCCACUGACACACUACACAGUCACAUCACAGUCCACUGACACACUACACAGUCACACCACAGUCCACUGACACACAACACAGUCACACCACAGUCCACUGUCACACUACACAGUCACACCACAGUCCACUGACACACUACAGUCACACCACAGUCCACUGAAAGACUACACUGUUUUAUCUUAGUACACCGAUAGACUUAACAUAGAUACAACAUAGUCCUCUGAUGGACCACACAUUUACAGUACAGUGUACUCGUGGAGUACAUCAAAAUUACACAGACCAAGGUACGUUACUUUGAAUUUAGACAAUGAAUUCCCAACGGCCAAAGCAGCUUCAUGUUCUGUGUCACAACCUGUCAUCAGUGUCAUGACAAAAAACUCAAAUAAAGCGUUUUAUAAAGAAUAA